AUGUCGGGCAGCGAGGCUCCAGCCUUCAGCGAUGACUCGUACGACUGCAGCAACACCCCCGCGGGCGAGCGGGCGAGCGGGCCCAAGCAUUCUUCUCCUCCACGCUCCGCGUGCGCCGACAACCGGACGCGCAGCGAGAAGCGGACAGUGUUUGUCGCAAAUCUGCUUCUCAACCUGUGCGGGGUCGUUCUCUGGGCUGGCAUGCUGACAAUCAACGCAUUGUACGAUGGCAUCAUCAGCACAACGGGCUGGGAGUUGAGUCAGGUGUCGCUCCUCUUCACCCUGCAGGUCUUUACCUGCUUCCUAUGCUGCCCGUUGUGGGGGGUCGCUGCCUGCUACGUUUCGAUUCGCAGGCUGCUCGCCGGCGCUCUCUUUGCCGGCGCGGCUCUCAACCUCCUAACUGGCCUCGUCUAUCUGACGGACUCGUACGGCUGCUUCGCCGCACUGCAGAUCCUCAAGGGCAUCUGUCUCUCUCCUUGCCAAUGCCUGAACCGCGCGCUCAUCCCAAAGUACUACCGCCUCGCCGAGCGCGGCAAGUACUACGGCUUCCUUGAGGUUUCAGCCGGGAUCGGCGGGCUGGCAGGCGUCAUCUUUGGCGCCUCCUCGUACAUUGGCGGUGCCGAGGGAUGGUACGGGUGCGACACGGGCACGUCGAGCGACGAGAACGCCACCUUGUGCCCCGGGCUGGAUGGGCACAACGUCACUUCCGUAGACGUUGCAGACGAUGGCAGGUGCGACGGCGCACUGCCAAAGUGGUCUGUCCCCUUCUUCGUCCUCGGCGCCUUCAUGGUCCCAUGUGCCGUGCUCGUGCUCUACUUCGUGGUGGACCCCACGAAAGACGAGAAGCUACGCACGAGGCUCGGCCAGGAGAGGCUGAAGGCGAUCUUCCCCG